AUGACGUUUCAAAUCAGCUUUUUUAUUCUGUUGUCAGUGGUCACUUUGGUUGGCGCUUUUUCCCCUCGCAGCGUCUUUCAGCGGGACUUUCACCGACACGUCGCGAAAGAUUUUGAAUCUUCCGGGAACGGACCAGACGAACCGCUUCGGGGUUCUGUCAGAGUUGUCAAACUAAGCCCUCAUUUUCUGCGACGGGCCGCCGGUAGUCACGUGUCGUCCACAAACUCACCGAGUCGAGGCGCGUUUCCCGCUUUUUUGGUCCUCGGACGUCCCGGUCCGUCAGUCCUGUCCCAUAACAAACCUGCGGCCCUGCUCCCUCAGGUGAGCGCGAGCAGCACCAACGCAGACGCCAGGAGGAAACAGGGUCUGGAGAUGUGGCAGAAAGUGAUGCACAAAAGCGAGCGAAGCAAAGAGGCCGUGGCGCUACGUAUCAAUCCCAAAGACACGAGCAAACAGAGCUGUGCCGCAGUGCCCUUCACACAGCGCUUAACGGAGGACGGCUGUGAGACGGUGACCGUUCACAAUAAUCUCUGCUACGGUCAGUGCAGCUCCAUGUUCGUCCCGUCCAGCGGAGAGUCCCGUGGACAGCAAAGAGCGCAGUGCACUCGAUGCAGUCCCUCUAAAUCGCGCUCUGUGCUCGUACCCCUGCGCUGCGGCACAGAGGUGCGCGAGAGGCGCGUCAUGAUCGUUGAGGAGUGCAAAUGCGAAACAAGCAGUGAAGAGGUCAAAGUUCAGAACACGGAAAUGUUUCAUUUCUAA